CAUCUCCUUAGGAGUCUGUGGGCAUCCUCCCUCUAUGAAAUAAAGAAAACGUUAUCUGUGCUGAUGUGCUCUAUGGUUGAGCGUGGUUGUUUGCCCCAAAGAGUAUUUUUAGGUUUGCCAUUUCAUCGAAGUGGAAAGAGAAAAUAAUAGUGUCAUUUUGAACAAUAAAGUACAUAAAUCGAAAUAAUAACGGUUACAGAACAAGAUUAACAAUGGAUGCAAAGUCAUUUCUAUUUUCAUGGUGCUCUAAAAAGAGUUUAUCGCCGGCAUAUGACAUACGCGCUACAGGUCCCAAACAUCGUCAACGUUUUUUAUGCGAAGUUCGUGUCGAUGGCUAUUCCUAUGUGGGUGCAGGAAACUCGACAACUAAGAAGGAAGCUCAGAUGAAUGCAUCUCGAGACUUCGUUAACUAUUUAGUGAGAUCGGGUGAUGUUCCUAAAAAUGAUGUUCCUGAAGAUGUUGGCGUCAAGAAUGACCAAGAAGAGAGUUUUCACGCACCCACUUCUCGUGGAAAUAAUGAAAGUCAUGCGAGACCAGUAUUUCAGGACGGAAUGGGUCCAGAGAGUAUGGGCCAAGCAUACCAUGCUUAUGGUGGUCAGAAUCAGAACUUUACCUACAUGGAUCGCCUGCAGCAGCAGAAAAAUGUUGAGGAGGCUGAAGACUUGGAUGUGAAUGCCUCGCUGCAUGGAAAUUGGAACAUGGACAAUGCAAAAUCAAAAUUGCAUCAGUUCAUCCAAAUGAACAAAGUCAAUACUGAUUAUGUAUACAAGGCUGUAGGGCCUGACCAUACACGGAGUUUCUGUUGCGAAAUGAAUUUAUACGUCCACCAACUGGGACGCACUAUCACUGGCCGGGAAACUGCCUCCAACAAGCAGACUGCAAGCAAAUCUUGUGCCCUUUCCCUGGUUCGCCAGUUGUACCAUCUGGGAGUGAUUGACGCCUUCAGUGGGACUUUGAAGAGAGACAGGUCUGCAGAAGGACUAAUGAAGCCAUAUCCUGUUGCUAUAAAUCCAGAAUUAGAGCAGUUAUUGGAAGAUACACUGGGAGAAUUGAACAUCGAACCGAUCGACGUGAACAACCCGCCUACGGCGUCGUUAACCGAAGGCCAGGAGGGGUCCACCGCUGUGACGUUGUUGCAAGUCGAUCGUGUGAAGGCGAUGCGUGAAGCUCGUCCGACACCAGGUGGGGUUGUGUCCUGGUCGCCUCCACAAGCCAAUUGGAACGCGUGGACUGGAUGUAACAUAGACGAGGGCCCUCUUGCCACGACCAGUCUCGACGACUUUAGUGCGGACUUGGAGAAAAGUCACCGGAACAUGUGUCAGAACAGCCAGCUGUAUCAGGAGAGUGUACGUGAGAGGGAAACAUUGCCUGUAUACGCGAUGCGUUCGGAGAUCAUGAAUGCCAUCAACGACAACCCGGUCAUCAUCAUCAGGGGCAACACCGGCUGCGGGAAAACUACCCAGGUGUGCCAGUUUAUCCUGGAUGACUACAUAGCGAGCGGUCAAGGCGCCUGGGCGAACAUUUGCGUUACUCAACCGCGGCGUAUCUCCGCCAUCAGCGUCGCCGAGCGAGUUGCCGCCGAGAGAUGCGAGGAGAUCGGAAACAGCGUCGGAUAUUCAGUACGAUUCGAGUCCGUACUACCUAGGCCGUACGGUUCGAUAAUGUUUUGUACUGUUGGUGUGCUUCUAAGGAAACUAGAAGGUGGGCUAAGAGGCGUUAGCCACGUACUAGUGGAUGAGGUACACGAACGCGACGCAGACACCGACUUCGGUCUGAUCUUGCUGCGAGACAUGGCGCAUACUUAUCCCGACCUGCGCAUCAUCCUGAUGAGCGCCACUGUAGACACCACGCUGUUCAGUAAAUACUUUGGCGACUGCCCCGUUAUCGAGGUUCCCGGUCGUACGUAUCCAGUGAGACAAUACUUCCUCGAAGAUUGCAUCGAGCUGACUCAGUUCAGACCUCCCCCAGACAACAGGAAAAGGAAAUCCUCCGGAAAGAAGGUGUCCAAUAAUGACGAAGAAGACGACGAUGAAGGUGUUGCAGUAGAUGAACAAGAUGAAGAUUUGAACAAGAACUGCAAACUGGGGGAGGACUAUUCGCCGGAAACCAUGAAUUCCUUACAACAAUUGUCCGAGAAAGAUCUGAGCUUUGAGCUCAUAGAAGCAAUCUUGAUCUACAUAAGCAAGUUGAAAAACGACGGUGCGGUGUUAGUGUUUUUACCUGGUUGGAACUUGAUAUUCGCCCUCAUGAAGCACUUAACACAAAACAGAGUGUUUGGUGACCAAUCGCAAUAUGUGAUCUUGCCGUUGCACAGCCAGAUCCCGAGGGAAGACCAGAAGAAAGUGUUCGUGACGCCUCCACCUGGAAUCACUAAGGUGAUAUUGUCGACCAACAUCGCUGAAACGUCGAUCACUAUCAACGACGUUGUGUACGUGAUUGACUCGUGCAAGGCCAAAAUGAAACUAUUCACUUCGCACAACAACAUGACGUCAUACGCCACCGUCUGGGCCAGCAGGACUAAUCUGGAGCAGAGGAAAGGUCGUGCUGGUCGCGUGCGGCCUGGCGUUUGUUUCACGUUGUGCACUAGGGCGAGGUUCGACCGGCUAGAGGAACACCAAACCGCAGAGAUGUUUAGAACGCCGCUGCACGAAUUAGCGCUCAGCAUCAAGCUUCUCCGCUUGGGCAGCAUCGGGCACUUCCUGUCCAAGGCGCCGGAGCCCCCGCCGUUGGACGCCGUCAUAGAGGCCGAAGCCCUAUUGCGCGAGCUGGGCUGCCUCGAUGUAGCCAACAAUGAUGCCUUGACCCCGCUUGGAACUAUAUUAGCUAAACUGCCAAUUGAGCCUCGUUUGGGCAAGAUGAUGGUGCUAGGCUUCGUGAUGGGAGUGGGGGAUGCUUUAACCACAAUGGCCGCCAAUUCCACCACCUUCCCGGAGAUAUUCUCUCUGGAGGGCAGGCGCCGGCUGUCGCCUCAUCAACGAGCCCUGGCGGGAGAGCGAGCCUCGGAUCACGUGGCGAUGCUUAACGCUUUCCAGCUCUGGGAGCGGGAACGCAAUAAGGGUGAAGAGGCCGAGAUGGCCUGGUGCGAGUGGAAGGGAGUGCAGCAAACCACUCUCCGGGUCACCUCCGAGGCUAAAUAUCAACUGAUAAAUAUCCUAACGACAGCCAUCGGUUUCCCGGAGGAGUGUUGCACCGCGCAACGCUGGAACCCGUCUGGUCCGGACGCGACCUUAGACUUGGUAAUAGCCCUCAUGUGCAUGGGACUCUAUCCCAACGUUUGCUUGCAUCAAGGCAAGAGGAAGGUGUUGACAACGGAAGGCAAGCCGGCGUUGAUCCACAAGACCUCGGUGAACUGUAGUAACCUGGAGCAGAAGUUCCCUUCGCCGCUCUUCGUAUUCGGCGAGAAAGUACGAACUCGCGCGAUCAGCUGCAAGCAGACCACUAUGGUGGCGCCGUUGCAUCUGUUACUGUUCGCCAGCAGAAAAGUUGAAUGGGUGGACAAUAUGGUGCGCAUAGACAACUGGCUCAACUUCGACAUGUCGCCGCGCGUGGCGUCGCUCGUGGUGGCGCUCAGGCCAGCCGUGGAGCGCCUGGUGGAGCGCGCCGCUACCGAACCGGACGCGGCGCUCAACUUCUCGCCCGAGGAGCACAAGGUUGUGAAUUGUUUACGUCAGCUGUGCGUGAUGGACGCUGGCGACUUCAACAUCCAACGUGAAGUGACACCGCUUGCAUUCAGACCGGACGGAGCCAAGCGAGGCUCAUUCAGAGGUUGGGGCACAAACGGACCCCGGGGCGGAUUCGGUAAUUCCGGUGGUAAUUCCGGAUUUGGUGGCAACCGAGGAGGGUUUGAUGGUAACCGAGGAGGAGGAGGAGGAGGAUUUGGUGGCAACCGAGGAGGGUUUGGUGGUAACCGAGGCGGAUUUGGUGGUAACCGGGGCGGCUUCGGUGGCAAUAGAGGCGGUUUCGGUGGCGACCGCGGAUCCGGCGGCUACGGCUACAGGGGCGGCUUCCGAGGCCGAGGUGCCUGGAGGGGCGGAAACCAAUGGUAGAAUUAAGUUAAAACAUUCCUAAUCACUCAUUAAGUGACUGUGUUGUGUAACCAAAUAAAGAUGUGAC